AUGACUAUAUAUCUUGGUGAGAUGCCUAAGGUGGCAGCAGCGGAGAAUUCUUCCACCAGAACUGUGAAGAGGGAAAUAAAGGUCAAAGUGAAGAAUGAGCUUUUGGCAAGCGAUAGUGAAGACGACAUUCCUUUGAGUUCACGUCUGAAAGGAAGUGCAAAAAAGCGUUCAAAGUUUGACGAUGAUGAUAUAGACUACGAAGCUGCUCCUGCGCUUUUUGUGCGUUUUCUAAUUUUUAGGAGGGAAGAAGAGAAGGAAUCUGCAGGGCUAAAGUGGAAGAGUUUAUCACAUAAAGGACCUUUGUUUGCACCACCUUACGUCCCUCUACCGGAUAGUGUGAAAUUCAGUUCUGAUAGCAAGACUAUGGCGCCUAAAGAAAGGGAGAUCAUUACUGAUUUGAAAAAGUGUGAUUUUCGACCAAUGUAUGCAUAUUUUGUUGAAAUGUCUGAGAAGAGGAAGGCGAUGCCGAAAGGAGAGAAACAGAAAAUUAAGGAGGAAGAGGAAGCUGAAGCGAGGGAAUACGGGCAAAUUAAGUGCAUCAUGCUGAACCUUUCUUCAAAAAGAAAGAGUGAGAAGGAUUAUGGAAAAUUUAAAACUGCUCGGCCUCUUAAAUCAAGAAUUGACGAUAUACGGGCUGUCUAUAUAACUGAUUUCUAA